AUGUCAAACUUGGAUGAAGAUGAAGCUCUCUUCGAAGACUUGUACGGAGAUGAAGAAGAGAUUACAGAUAAUACCGAGAAAAAGCAAGAUGCAUCCACGGAAAAGGAAUCUGCUGGUGAAGCUCAACAGCGUUCAGUGACUCAGGCACCUGAUGAUGCGACUGCAUCUGAUAUUCAAACAAUUCCAUUGCCGCCACCAACAACAGCUACCCAGGACCAGAGUCUGGCAGUACCACCCCCUCAACAACAAGAGUCAACGGCACCACCACCGCCUCCUCCUCCUCUUUCAACGUCAACUUCUUCUACAGGUACAGAUGCCGCAAACAGCGUUCCUCAAACAAUACCGCCACAAUUCUCCUUUGAUCCUAAUCAGCUCGCUCAAUUCGCUGGUAUGACCUCGGUGCCUGGCCAAGCACCAGGUGGUGGUCCUCCUCCGCCACCUCCUCAUUCACUGGUACCAGAAUCGGUCAACCAGGGUUCGUUUUCUCAACACAACACGUCAGAUGUAGGUCGUGAUAGCGGUAAAAUGUUUGUUGGUGGACUCAAUUGGGACACAACUGAGGAAGGCUUGGUGGCACAUUUUUCCAAGUAUGGUGAAGUUGUUGACUAUACCAUUAUGAAGGACAAUGCCACAGGUAGAUCUAGAGGGUUUGGGUUUUUAACGUUUAAGGAUCCCAGUGCUGUUGAUGCUGUUAUCAAAGAGGAACAUAUAUUGGAUGGAAAAUUGAUUGAUCCCAAGCGAGCUAUUGCAAGAGAGGAUCAAGAUAGAGUUGGUAAAAUAUUUAUUGGAGGAAUUGACCCAAUGGUCACCGAGAAAGAGUUCAAUGAGUUUUUUUCUAAAUUUGGUAGUAUUAUUGAUUGCCAAUUGAUGAUUGAUAAGGAUACCGGAAGAUCGAGGGGAUUUGGUUUUAUCACUUUUGACUCGCCUGACGCUGUGGACAGAGUGUGCGUGAAUAAAUACUUGAAACUUAAAGGAAAGUCAAUGGAGGUGAAACGGGCGGCACCAAGAGGCCAACAUAAUCAACAGGUUGCAAUGCAGCAGCAGCAGCAGCAGCAGCAGGCUCAACAACAAGCUCAACAACAAGCUCAACAGCAGUCUGGUCAGCUAUAUAAUCCCUACGGAGCACAAUAUGGUCAAAUGUAUCCUCAAAUGCAAAUGAACCCGGCAAUGAAUCAGGAAUAUAUGAGAUACUUUCAAUGGAUGAUGUACCAACAAGCGCAACAGCAACAACAACAAUCUGGUGCUGGCGGUGCUGGUGGCACAGCACAACAACCUGUUCAACCUUUGAAUCCGCAGCAACAAGCCGAAGAAAAUGAUGCAAAUGAUAACACAAAUAGCGAAGGUGUAAAGCAAGAGAAUUCUCCACCUAGAGGCGAUAAUGGUUCUGUGCCGGAAAAACCAAAUAUUCCCACUGGACCUAAGAGAUUACCUCCAAGUGGACCUCGUGGAGGAAGAGGCGGCUACAGGAGAGGACGCGGUUAUCAUCCAUAUAAUAGAAGCAGCCGGAGAUACUAG